UCGCAAACCCCAACAACGACCACGACGAGGUGGCUUAACUGGUAUUAUUUUGACCGGCGAGGAGGCGCGUGGGUUCAGAGAGAUUAAGUUAAACGGAGCCGAGGACGAUGCUGUCGUAUAUUCAAACUAAAACCCAUAAUUUGUUUCUUCUAUAACCCUGCAAACUGCAAACGACUGUCGUACAACGCAGCUAAACAUUUAGGGACAUCAAAGAAGAUGCUGGUGAUGGCAAUAUACUGAUAGCGAAGUGAAGCCCAUUUGAGAUUUCAUUGGAUUUCGUGAAGAGAAAUGUCGAAGUUUUUUCAGAGGGUUGCUGGGUUCUUCACCAACAGGACUAUGGUGGGAAUGGACAAAGCUGGCAACCGUUACUUCGCCAAAAAAGAUGAGGUUGAUGGCAUCAUGAAAGAGAAAAGAUGGGUGGUAUUCAAGAGGGAGGAGGACCCAACCUCUAUUCCAGUUGAGUGGAUAUGUUGGCUCAACGGGCAGCGGAAAAGGGCUCCAACACCGGAGGAACUGAUGGAUUUGGAAGCAAGACGUGAACGUGUCCGGCAGAAUGUUGCUCUUCUAAAGAAAGAAGAAGAGGAAAGGAAAGCAAGAGAAGGCAGUGCACGUAAAGUCAUCAACACUGAUAAAGUUGGAGGUCCAGAUUUGAAAAGUUUCAUUCGGCAAUUUGGUGAUCCUUCUGAAGGUGAUGAAAAUCAGGAAGAAUCUGUUUCGAUGGAAGGAGUGAGGAACUCCAAAGAGAAAGAAGCUAAGAAAGCAAAACAAGAUCCUGAGUCUACAGAGCCAACAGGAUCUGGUCAAACAUUCAGGCCAGGAACAUGGCAGCCACCAACAUGAAGUCACCCCUUGUGUUUAAGCAUAAAACAUUGAUGUGUUCUGCCAAUGCCGACGGCCAUGGCCCAUAGCUGAGUUGUGAGUGAAACUGUAAGGUUUUAGGGAGGGCUUUUUUGGCGGCACCAUGCAAUACAUUUAUACUUUGUUUUCCCUUUCGGGCCAGAAAAAUGAAAAACCCAGACAAAAUACAUCCUUGACCACGCAUUGAUUGAGUUUUGUUGCCCCUUUAACUUUCAAAAGUGUAUACAAAGUUGUACGCCCAAUUUAUUAUAUUGAUGUACAUGAAGUUCCUUUUCUUUUUCUAUGCUCUAGGUGAAGGUGUCUAGGAUAAUGCCUUUUUCUCUUAAUGAUCUGGCAAAAGUAAUCAUUUGCUUAUUGACAAUA